UGUGUGUGUGUGUGUGUGUGUGUUGUGUGCGGGGUGCAGACGCAGGGCGCUCCGAGCCGCCAGACGCAGCCUUUCGUCAGGUGGAUGCGCCUGCAGUGAUCCAGGUCGCCCCUAUGGAUCACUGCGUCCAUGGAUGUCUUCAAACCCGCUUUGGAUGAUAGUUUGAGUCCCAAUGCGUGCGUCCCCUCGUCUGAAGAAGCCGAGGCAGAUGUGUUUCGCUGGCCGAGACCGGAGAAUGGGACCAGCGCCGCGCCGGAUGCGGUGCGCGCAGCCUCGGGCUUCUGGACGGCCGUGUUCGACUAUGAAGCGACUGCGGACGACGAGCUCAGUCUGCGAAAGGGGGACUUGGUGGAGGUCCUGUCCAAAGAUUCCCUGGUGUCGGGUGAUGAGGGCUGGUGGACCGGUAUGAUAGCAGACCGGGUUGGCAUCUUCCCAUCUAAUUAUGUGAGCAACGGGAAUGGCAUUCCGGAGGAAAUCCGGGACACCUCGGAGCAGCAGUACUCAGUGCCUCCUCUGCACCUCCUGGAGAUUGAUUUCUUCGAGCUGACCCUGGAGGAAAUCAUCGGGGUGGGCGGUUUUGGAAAAGUCUACCGUGCAGUGUGGCGGGGCUCCGAGGUGGCAGUGAAGGCAGCACGACGGGACCCUGACGAGGAUGCGGCGCAGACUCUGGAGAGCGUGCGUCAGGAGGCCAAACUCUUCGCCAUGCUCAACCAUCCCAACAUCAUGGGUCUGCUGGGCGUGUGUCUGCAGGAGCCCAACCUGUGUCUGGUCAUGGAGUACGCCCGGGGCGGCCCCCUCAACCGGGCCCUCGCAGGGAAACGCAUCCCUCCGUGCACGCUGGUGGACUGGGCGGUGCAGAUCGCCCGGGGCAUCCUCUACCUCCACAGCCAGGCCAUCGUCCCCAUUAUUCACCGGGACCUCAAGUCCAGCAACAUCCUGAUCCUUGAGAGGGUUGAGAUGGAAGACCUCAGCAACAAGACUCUGAAGAUCACGGACUUUGGACUGGCUCGAGAGUGGCACCGCACCACCAAGAUGAGCGCCGCCGGCACCUACGCCUGGAUGGCUCCCGAAGUCAUCCGUUCGUCUACAUUCUCCAAGGGUAGCGACGUGUGGAGUUAUGGCGUGCUGUUGUGGGAGCUGCUGACAGGAGAAGUUCCAUUUCGGGGUAUUGAUUGUCUUGCGGUGGCUUACGGGGUGGCAAUGAACAAGCUGGCUUUGCCAGUUCCCUUGACCUGUCCGGAGCCCUUUGCACGUCUCAUGGAAGAAUGCUGGAGCCCGGACCCCCACUCCCGGCCGCCGUUCACUAUUAUUCUGGACCAGCUGACGGCCAUCGAGGAGUCAGGCUUUUUUGAGAUGCCAGCAGAGUCCUUCCACUCUCUGCAGGAUGACUGGAAAGUGGAGAUCCAGGAAAUGUUUGAUCAGCUGAGGACCAAGGAGAAGGAGCUGCGAUCGUGGGAGGAGGAGCUGACACAAGCCGCGCUGCAGCAGAAAUGCCAAGAGGAGGCGCUGAGGAGGCGCGAGCAGGAGCUAGCUGAGCGGGAGAUCCACAUCCUGGAGCGGGAGCUCAACAUCAUCAUUCACCAGCUCUACCAGGAGAAGCCUCACGUGGAGAGCAGGCAGGGCAAGUUCCGCCGCAACCGCCUUAAACUCAAGGACGGGAACAGGAUCAGCUUGCCUUCAGAUUUUCAGCACAAAAUCACAGUGCAGGCGUCUCCCUCCCAUGAUCGGCGGAGGAGUUUGCUCAACAGCAGUUCCAGUCCUCCGAGCAGUCCUCCGAUGCUGCCUCGCCUGAGAGCCAUCCAACUCACUCCACGGGAGGGCUAUACAGCCUUGGGUCGCAGCACAGGUUUUCAGCAGGAUGAAGAGGAGGGUGAGAGGAAGGGCUCCAGGAAAAAGGGCAGGUCCCGCGGAUGUGGCCCAUACAGAGAGCACAGCGCUGAUGCCAGUGUGAAACCUCCCCAUGAAGGCAGCAGGCAGCGGUCGUGCAGCGCCCCGAACCUUCGCAGAUCCCCCAGACACAGUCCAGCAGUGCCUGGCGUGCCCAGCCUGGUGGAGAUGGAAAAUGAAGACUGCUGCUUCACUACUGAGCCAGGAGCAGCUCCUGGCCAGUCCUACCUCUGCAUCCCCUUCCAUAAGGAGGGCCACCCGGCUGGUGCUGCUGCUGGUCCUGCUGCUGCUGACGGCGGAGGAGAUGGAGAUGAGUACUGCCCCAGCAGCCAGGUUCCAGGAACCUCGCCUUGCCGGAAGAGCCCCGGUGGGGGCCGGCGGUCUGAGCUGGUCCUGCUGGGCUGUGGAGCUCUGCUGGCAGCCGUCGGGAUGGGUUGCAGCCUGCUAACUCUGGUCCCACCGGAGGAGAGCAUCAAAUCCCGAUGGGAGGGUUUCUUCCACAGAACAGGGGGCCAGAGGCGGAGCACCAGCCCCCAGACUCGCAGACUGUUCCGGCGGGAAAGCCCGCUGAAACCCUUGGCGCCCUCGCUGCCCGAGCGAGGCCUACCCUCCACUUACACGCUGCUGUCCCUAUCAUCAGUGUCCGACUGCAACUCCACCCGCUCACUGCUGCGCCCUGACAGCGAGGAGUUGUUGGCCUGCUGCCCCGCCUCGCCGCUCCAGCAGCUUCCCUUCCCGCCUCCUCUCUCACAGCAUCAGGCCGUCCAAUCCCCCAUGAACCCGCUGGUCAACACCCACCUCGAGAGCUUCAAGCGUAACCCCCGCCAGUCUCUCACACCAACACAUGUCCCAUCGGCCCCGAGUUCCUCCCGUAGCCUCCGUAGAACACCAUCAGACGGAGCCAUCAAGAAGAGCUGCCCUUCUACUAACCUGGGACCAUUGAUAGAAAGAACUGCAUUAGAGAACACAGGUAGCUUCAGAGGUUUAAAAGACGACUGUCCUGAGGUUCCCCGGCUCCCUGAUCCGAAUCUCGUGUUCCCUCCAACUCCCCGUCGUCGCUGUGCUCCUGAACGCCCCAAAACCCUUGACUUUGUGGCCCGGCCUCGGCCUUCACCCCGGGCGCGCUGCGAUGUGUUUUGGGCAGACGGGAAGCCCAGGGGAAACGGACACAACCUGGGUAACGGCGAGUCCCCCGCCCACACCUCCAGCACAGAGACUCCUCCGACUGUCGAGUUUGGUAGAGACCCGGCGGUGCUGCCCACCCCCAUGGAGGCCCCGACGCCCUACUCCCCCCGCAAGAAGGAAAACCUGUUGGAUCGGCUGGACGAGGGGCAGUGCCGGGAUGGAACCGUCCCUCUCUGCAGACCGGAGGUCAGCUUUCCCAAAGACUCCCCUUACCGCUACAGACCUGGAUUCUGGUCCUAACUCAGCCUCAGACAGUCCUUCAUCAGUCCAUCACAAGGACUGUCCCUGCAGCCUAUGGAUUCUUACAGUCUGGGUCAACUGGUACUGACACAAUGAAUCUGUUCUAGCUUUAAUCAGUACUUAAUAUGGUGGCUCACCUUUCCCCAUCUACAAUGUCCCUAAGACAUUUACUGUGAAUAUUUCACCUUUUGGACAUUGCCAUUUGCGAUAACCCUUGAAUAUUGCAUCUAAAACCAUU